GCACUCUGUAACAGAUCCCAGUUAAACAUCGCCAUUCAAUUUCAAUUUCAAGAAGAAUCACAGGUUUGGAUUUAGCAUUCUGUGAUUGACAUGGUUUCUGAUGUUCGAUUCCGUUGACAGUGUGACUUGGAACUAGCUUUGCAUACAUUUGGUGUUUGUACUUUGAAGAGCUCUUCCUUCCACCAAAAUGAAGGGACGUGUGAGAUGGGAUGAAGUUAAUAUUGAAAACAUUGAAGCAAACAAGCCUGUGAGGCAAAAAAUUACCGAGCCUAAGACUCCUUACCAUCCUAUGCUGGAAGAUGACAGCUCUCAAUCUCCUGGAAGAGGAGGGUAUGAUGAUGAAUGUGACGGUCAGAAAACCGACCCAGCAAAUGCUGAAGAAACUGCUUUUGAUAAAGCGGACUCUUGCAGAAGGAAAAAAACUAGGCAAUCUGAUGGCUGGACAUCAUCUGAGGAUGAGGCAGAUGCAGUAGAACAAAGUGAUGAAGAUGCAAGUUGUAGAUUUAAAGAGCACCGAAGGGCCCACUAUGAUGAAUUCCUUCAAGUUAAAGAACUGAGAAAGCAGGCUGCUCUUCUAGAGAAUGGAAGUGACAAGGAGAAUAAUCGUAAUACCGUGCUUGCUGAGGAGAAGAAAUCCGACUCAUCUUCUCCAGUGAGUGCUAAGUAAAGGAGAUUGACAUCGGGGGGAAAUGGCUUCUGUUCAAUUCCUCCAACUAAGUGUUUAUUAAAUACUGUUUGAUGAAUAAAACCCACUUGGUGGUUUCAUUACUUUUUGUAUUUAUGGAAAGGAAAUAGCUGACCAAUUAACUGAUUUAUUGUGUCAUUCAUGUAUAAAAAGCUUCUUUUUCCA